AAUAUGAGCACCUCCGAAGAAGACCAAAAAGUCCCAUUUGAGCCUAGCAGCUCUUCGUGCCCUUCCGAACACCUGGUACCACAAUAUCUCGAAAAUCAAAACCCAUCCUCCCAAAGAAGUUCUGUCAAAAAGGCAAUGGCAGCCUUUGAGAAAGAAAAGGAGCUUAUACUAAAUAGUAUUCCUCCUAAUACGGAGAUAUAGCAGAAUUCCAUGGCCAAGUUUCUAAAGCUUUCUUGACUUCUAAAGACUUGCUCAAACUGAGCAAUGCACAGUCCUCCCUGCGGACAAGAACUGAUCCAAUUUUAACUCCUGAAGGCAAAGAAUGUCCUUGUUGCGAGCAUAAGCUAUUAGUAGAAGAUACCAAAGAGUUAAAAAGAUUUACAUUCUGGACUCACUACGAAACCUUUAAAGUAUUUGGAACAGGGGUUCCAAUGUUCUUCUAUCUCAUGAUAUUCACUAUGUUCCUAUUCCUCAUAAUUUCCUUCUUAGUUUCAAUUCCUACUAUAAUUCUGAACAUAAUAGCUGACAACAAAGACGAUCUCGGAGUCCUCUCUCCUUCCUUCCUAGUCUACACCUCGAUCGGUAACCACGGCAUAACAGCCUCUGAUUUCUCCAAAUCCACCUCCAUCACCGCUAUAAUCUCCCUAAACAUAGUCUGUACCUUAAUCCUCUUCCUCGGCUACCGCAUCUACAGAUGUUUAAGCCUAAGAAAAGCUUCUAAAAUCGAUGAAGAGACUAUCACGCCCAGUGACUUCACCCUCUUCGCUACGAACAUUAAGAAAAGUACGAAGAAGGAAGAGAUUGUGGAGCAUAUUGAGGAGCAACUGAGGAAGGAAGGGAUUGAACCGGAAGGAGCACUAGGAGGGGUUGUUCUGUGAUAUGAUAUUGAGAAGCCAGUGGGGCUGUUGAGGAAGAAGAAAAGUGAAGAGAGGAAAGCAUUAAAAAUGCAACUAAAGGAAGAAAAACUUUGUGGAAAUCCUGAAAAUGUUUCUAUGAACUCUGACUCUUCCAUAAAGGUAGACGAUGAAAUUAUAGAAAAAGAAAGCCCAAGAAGCUACUUAUGCUGCAAGCGUAGGAAGAAAACACUGGAAGAGAGACAAGCAAUCAUUGAAAGAUUCACAGAAAGGAUCAAUGAGUACGAACAGAAAUACAAGGCUCAAGAGGGAGAAGACAAUGGGUUUUGAGGCAAAGCAUUCAUCAUAUUUAACAACCAAAAUGUAGCCACUAAAAUUAACAAAAGACUGCACGUGAAACCAUCCAAGAGAAUCUUCUGCUACAUUUGGAAAAAGUUACUCUGCUGUUAUGGUAGAAAUAGAAAUAAAAAAUUUACAUUUAAAACUCAGAGAGCAGGUGAACCAACUGAUGUAUUCUGGGAGAACUUACCAAUAGAGACUAAUACACGCUUCAAAAGAUCCUUGCUGUCCUUCCUAGCUAUGGCAGCCUUGCUCAUCUUUUCUUUCUGCUGAAAUUUGAUAUUCGGGCUUUUCAAAGAUAGCCUUGAGCGAAAAUUUGAAGAUAAUGGUCAUAAUUUUAAAAUCCAACAUUCCCUAAUCCUGAUGGCAUACAAUAUUAUGAACGCGAUGGUGAUAAGUUUCUUUAACAUCAGUCUCAAAGCUUUGGCUAAAAUCUUAACAGAGUACGAGAGGCACGACUCAUAUACUCCUUACACUUUUUCCUUGGCAUCGAAGAUGAUUGUGGCAAUGUAUAUCAACACAGCUAUAAUCCCACUCUGAGUAAACUAUGAUGAGAAGUAUUGGUUUUCAAGCACUGGAUUAAUUUCAGACAUCUUUUACAAUACUCUGUCGAUAUGCUUUGCCGGCCCUAUACUCUUCUUUUAUGAUCCAAAUCAUUUACUCAAGGUAUGCAAGCGAAAGAGAGAAAUUAAGAAGGGAGAGGAAUCGAAGUUAACACAGAGAGAAUUUAACGAACUUUUUGAAGCUCAACAGAUAAGUCUUGAGAAUAGAUAUACUUCAGCAUUCUUGAUUAUUCUAGUAUGUUCAACUUAUACUGUCUUACUCCCAAUUCUACCGAUAAUUUGCUUCUUUGGAAUUUUAUAUCAAUACUGUCUGGUGAAAUACAUGCUGGUGAAACAUACCAACCGUCCAAAAGAAGUAGGCCAUUUUAUAGACUUCAGUGCAACAAAUAUCUUCAUUUUGGUAAUUCUCGUCAAUGGAGGAAGCAUUUGGUACUUUCUCACUAGACUUUCAGAUGGAGAAAACUUCUUCGCAUGGGUUCCUUUAUUAAUUGCUGGAAUUUUCGUAAUGCUACCAAUCAGUUACAUCGAGAAAAUAAUGAAGAUAGACGAAGUCAAUAGGAGUGAUAAAGACACAUAUGAGUCUGCUAUCCAGAAACAUCAAUAUAGUUAUGCCACAAGUAAUCCUGUUGGUGAAGAUGGGAAAAUUAAUUUUGAAAGACUAGAUUUGUAUACGAAACAAGAUAAGUUCAAGCAGAAGGAUAUCAUUUGGGAUGAUUUUGAAAUAGAUAUAAGGAAUUCUUCCGCAAUGAAAAACAAUAAUAUAACAUCAAUAAAUGCAAAAGUACUGAAAUCAUUUAGCAUGCUCCAAUCUACACCUUCGAUCAAGAGAAGGUCAAAAACUCAGCAAAUCAACAAUCGCCUAAUCAUCAGCAAUGAAUCUAGCGAAGAAGAAGAACACAAAUCACCCAAGAAAAUACCAAAUCCAAUCUUUAGAGACUCUAAAUCCCCUAAGAAAACACGUGCAGACACAUUCAAGGCCAAACUUGCCAAAAUAAUCGAACAAGACUCCAGCUUCGAAGAAUCCAAACACAUCCCAACCCCCUACCUAAAAUCCCGCUCUCCACACAAAACCUACCUCUCCUUCAGCCCCUCUAUUCCUACCAAGAAAGAAGAAUCUGAGAGUUCAAAUUUAGACAGCGACCAAAUUGAACUUGAAAAUAGAGAUAAGACUUCAGCAGGCACUGGAAUUUUAAAGCCUGAACAAACAGACUCAAGUGAGACUGAACAGAGGGGUUAUCAGGAGAGUAGUGAAGGUAGUGGGAGUAGUGAAGGGGAUGAGAGUAGUGAGAGUGUGUAG